AUGUUGGGCGUCGUCGCCCACGACCCUCGUGCUGCGCCCCCCGCGCCGCCAGCUCGCGCCUACGGGCCUCCACCACCAUCACACCCUUCCUCACCACGCAUGUUUUAUGACCACUUUCAUCGCCGUGAGCCCGAGAUGCCUCGAUCCGGUAUCACCCCAACCUACAGUUACCCGCCCUCCUCGGUCCCUACCUCCGUGCCCCCCGUCUCGUACGCCCAUGAGAACGCCUACGCGGCAUAUCGAACAGAGAGCAAUGGGUAUCACACAUCAGCAGCGAGCCAUGUCUCGCUGAAGGAGCAGAGUCUUCCCGGGGGCAAUCGAGAGCCUGAACAUCGUCCAGACCCUCAUUACCCGAUCAGUCACGUCAACAAGCCCGAACGUCGGGUGGUAUAUCGUGAAGCUCCCUUCUCCCCCUUUGCAUGCGACAUGAAUCCUCCCCCGUCGCAUGACCAGGGUCGCCGGAGGUCCUUGGGCAGCAGUAGCAGUCCCGCGUUCCCUGGUGUCCAAGAGCAGUCCGCUGCGCCGCCAGUAGGGCCGCGACGUAUGCCUCCUCCCUCACCACCCCAACACUAUCCCUCCAGAGGCCAAACGGGAAAUGCUCCGUCCCUGUCCACUCCCUUCUUGUCGCGUGAGCCUCCCAGCAACCCGGCUCAUCACCGUCCAGGGAGCAGCAUGUCGAUAUCGUCCAUGCUAGGCUCGGACGCUGACCGACCAGGCCGGGAUGUAGGCUCUUCGUCCAUCUUUUCGCGUCUUCCAGUCUCGUCCGCCCCGUAUGGGAACGCCCACCCACCGUCGGCCCCCGGUGCCAUGUCCCCGCCGACCGCGCCAGCGCGUCCGUCCCCGCUCGAAUACCCAGGUUUUCGACGCUCCCAGACCCCCGAAAAGACAUUUGCGAAGAACCAGCCGUCGCGUCCAUACCGAUCCGGCUCCGGCGGUGUUCCCCAGCCCAUGACAGAACAGGCGAAAUUCGGUGGCCUGUCCCGCGGCCCGCCAUCGUCACAGUAUCCCGACAAGCCCAGCUCCACCCAUCCCUCGCCCCAAAUAUCGUCCGCCGAAGCUCCGUAUAACGAACCACGCCGCUUAAGUUUCAGCGGACCCGCCCCUCGUCCCAACAGCCAGCCGCAGCACCUCGAACCGCCGCCUCGCACCACUGGAUAUAGUCCGCUGUCACGGCCUGCCGCCGUGGCCGGGCCCGGAGAGGGUCCAUUUGCCGGUACGCAUCAGCGAGCAGCAUCAUAUAUGGGCCAUGAGGCCCAGCAUCACCGGUACGGAGGCCUGUAUGCGGAUCGACACGCGGAGGAACAGGCCCAUCGCGAACGGGAACGUGCGAUGGCGCACGAGGCUGAAACCAAGGCCGCGUCUCACCCUCCAUCACGGUACGGGCCGCCUUACGGGGACCGGGAGGCUGCAGCGCAUCGCCAACAAGGCGCGUCUGCCUGGGACUUGGGCCGGUCCCAGCCCCCGUCGCCUGAGACGAAACGGUUCUCUGUCCCGGAGGCGGGCGCCGGUUUUGGAUUUGGCGCUAUUCAGAGCUACACCAAGUCUUUGGGCUCCCAGCUCGGAGGGUCGCGACAGCCCUCGCUUUCCGUCCAUCCCCCUCCCAAUCAGCCGCCUCCUCCGUCACACGAUCAGCCGCCAUACCUCAGCAAGCUGCAGACUGAGACUCGCGCGUUUCCGCCCACAUCGUCCGCUGGCCCACCCUCGGCCGUUCACUCCGCGUCGUCGGAUGACCAGCGACGCAAAGGAAGUGAUGAACUCAUGGCGCAUCGUAACCUUCUCGGGGUGGGAUUAGAUGCGAAGCGAGGGGGGCGCGCAUCGCCGCUGCCCCAGGCGGUGCAGGGUGCCCAGGCUCAGAUCCUGGGUCCCGCGGGCGAGGCCGGAAUUAAAAAUGAGCUUGGCCGAGUUUUCUCCGGGAUUGGAAGUGGUGUGGGAGGGGUCACUGCUACCACUGGUGGCAGUGGUCCUUCGACUCCCAUGGCUCCGAGCCCGUUCAAACGCGACAGUGCGGCUGGUCGGUCCAGCAAUGGGGAGACAGAUGAUCCCAAGAUUGCUCGGCCUAGCUCAGCGAAUGGGAAGCGAUCGCGAAAGUCGCGCGACGAGGAUGGUCGCGCCGAGAGCGAGGCGGCCGCCCUAGGUGCCCGCGGUCGACGGAGCCGGCAUCUCCAUCACCACCACCAUCACCAUCAUCAUCAUCGCCAUAAGCCAGAAGAAGAAGCUGCCGCUGCUGCUGCCGCCGCUCUUGGCUCUAGCCGUCCCUUGUCUUCGGUAAAUUUCUUCCAUCGAACGGCCACGCCCGGGGAAGGCAGCGCAUCCGCCGCAGCGCAGGCCCUUGGACAUCACCACCACCAUCACCAUCAUCACCACCAUCAUGCUCCCCGACCGGCCGGGAAUACGGCUGUCACACCUAUGCGCGAGCCUCGCACGGUGGUUACUAUCGAACCACUCCUGUCGAGCGUCGCCCAUCUGCCUCGACACCACCUAGGCUCGACCUUGUAUGCGCCCCGGAUCGGCGCACCCACCGAGAAGGCAACCUUGGAAAGUGCCAAGUUCGGUUACACGACUACACCGCUUCCGUUGCCUCGCUUUGAAGGCAAGGAGAACUGCACGUUUACAAUCCGCGUGCCGCGUUUCCGCAUCGACACCAGCCAUCGCGAGGAGAUCUGCGCGCGUCGCGCCCUCUGGGGCACGGGCGUGUAUACGGACGACUCGGACCCUGUUGCGGCGGCAAUCCACUCUGGCUUCAUCCGCGGUGCUUGGGGUGAGGAUGUGGAUGUAGAUCUACUGGACCUGGAAAUCAGGGACACGUAUCAGCAUGCACCUAAAACGGCGCAAGAUGUUGGCGCGGAAGAUGGCGAGCGACCCCGGGUGCCGCCAGUGCCACCAAACGACAAGGACCUGCAUAUUACGCUGUUGAUUCUUCCCCGGUUGGAGCGAUACGACUCCAGCGUGUUGUUCGGAUUGAAGUCGCGAGCCUGGGAGGGCUCGCAUGACGGCAUGAGCUUCAAGGUGCAGCGAGUCGAGUGGGUAGAUGAAGGGGUCGGGCGUGGUGAGGAGCGCAGUGGCGAGGCGCGGCGCAAACGCCUGCGCAAUCUGAUGCAGACCGGACGGAUCUGCACAGGACCGGGAGUGAUCAAAUUGGAGCAGCUGCGAAACGGGGUGCAAAUUCCCCGACGGAAGCCGCUGGAGGGACAGGAGUCGAUGCCGGUGUCUUGA